UAGAAAUUGAACUUUCCAGAAUCGAAAGUGAAAGUUGGAUAGACCGCUUGCUUUGUCUGUUUGCUUCAUCACGAUUGAAUUUCAAUUAGCCCCUCAAUUUAAACAUGGAAAAACAAAUUGAAGAAUUGAAGAAUGAUAUUGAAGAAAUUAACAGUUUACUAGAAUCUGCUUGUCGAACAAGAGUUAAAGAUCUUCUUGGUUUGGAUAAAAGAAAAUUGGAAACCGAGUUAAUACAGAAACAAGACCGUUUAAAAAGUUCAACAGAACAAAAAUCAAUACCAGGAACAAUUGUUAAACCAAAGACAGGAACUUACACAGUCACAAUACAUAACUAUGCAUGGGAUCAAUCAGAAAAAUUCAUGAAACUGUAUGUCACCCUGAAUGGUGUACAAUCUUUACCAAAAGAUCAAGUAACCAGUCACUUCACAAAAAGAUCCAUCAGAUUAAAAGUGAACGACUUGGAUGGUAAAAAUCAUGAACUUUAUAUUUCCAAUCUUUUUGAUGAUGUACAACCCAGUGAAAGUUUUGUCAAGAUUAAGAAAGAUACUGUCUUGGUAAUGAUGAGAAAGGACAAUUCUAAAACCUGGACAUAUGUUACACAGCGAGAAAAUAAAGAAAAGGAAGCCAAAAAACCCAAAGUGGAUGAAAAUGCUGAUCCCAAUGAUAGUUUGAUGACCAUGAUGAAACAGAUGUAUGAAGAUGGAGAUGAUGAGAUGAAGAAAACUAUAGCAAAGGCAUGGAGUGAAUCCAGGAACAAACAAUCAAAAGACACUGAAUAAUUCCAGUCAUCUACAUAUUCUAACAUGAUUGACAGUAGAAAGUAGCAUAGAUUUUAAAAAUUUAUCAAAUAUCUGAAGAAAAAUCAUCUAAUCAUUUUAUAAUUUCAUAAUAAUUGUGUUUAACUGUCAUAAUGAUGUAUCAACUAAUAAAUUUCAGACUUUG